AAAUGGGUUUACUCGGUUAAUCACGUGUAACGAUAUCGGCGCUGAAAGCGAUUGACAAGAUAUCGAAGAGAGAGCGUGGGUGAAGUGCGGCGAGAAAACAGGGGAAUAUCUCCCGACGCUAGUCAUGUGAUAUGUGAGUGGAAGUCAAGUAUUCAAUGUCAUCCAAAUAUAAAUCAGGUCAAACAGCCACACAAUAACGGGUGGUGUUAAUCUACCAAGUAGAAUGACAAAAAAUCCGGCACAUUUGAGACAAUGGAUGGCUGCCACUAUAGCAUCCAUGAGUCUACUAAUUACGGGAAUGUUCCUGGGAUGGCCGUCACCCACCAUAUCCAAGCUGCGCGCCCAUGACACCCCACUCACUCUGACUGGCUCCGAGGUAUCUUGGAUGAUUUCUUUACUCUACGUGGGCAGCGUCGUCAGUCCUUUGCCAGGAGGAGUCCUCAUGGACCGCUGGGGCCGCCACACGAGUCUCCAAGUCUGCAGCUUCUUGGCUCUAUCCAGCUGGCUGUUUCUAACCUUCAGUACUGACGUCACAUGCCUAUACAUAUCCAGAAUACUGGGAGGUAUGUGGGGUGGCAUCUCCUAUUGUAUCACCCCUGUCUACCUGAGUGAGAUAGCAGAGCCUCGCAUCAGGGGAGCUCUGAACACCAUGUUCACACUGAUGGUCUACCUGGGCAUCAUGUUCGAGUACUGCAUCGGUCCCGUCAUCUCUUAUAAUUUAUUAAGUAUUAUUUCUGCCUGCAUACCCCUACUGUACUUUCUUCUGAUGUUCAUUAUACCAGAAUCACCUUACUACUUCGUGAUGAGGCAAAGGAAUCAAGAAGCGAGAGAAACACUGGUUUGGCUGAGGUGUACACGAGAUGUUGAUGAAGAGCUAGAAGCAAUCAGCAAAGCUGUUAAAUCGGAUAUGAAGAACAAAGGCCGAGUACAGGAUCUAGUACGGACUUCUGGGUCACGCCGCGCUCUUUUUAUGGCUGAAGUUGCGGCCUUUCUACAGCGCAUGUCCGGCAGCAGUGUCAUGAUGGCAUACAUAUCCACUAGUGUACCCCAGGACGGUGUAGUAUCCGGAGACCAAUGUGCGGUUAUCAUGUGCAGCAUAUGGCUCGUCUUUGGAGUGUGGUCGACAUUCCUCGUGGACCGUCUAGGCCGGAGACCUCUAUUGGCUUUCUCCUGUAUCGGUUGUGCAAUAGCCACAGCCGGUCUAACUGUUUGGUUUAUCCUGUCCUCCAAUCCAUCAUUGGACGUUACCUCUUACACAGCAGUACCACUUAUCUGUUUUGCAUUAUACGCCCUAUUUUUCCCUUUCGGACUCGCCUGCAUACCGAGCAUCAUCCAGGGGGAACUGUUCCCUUCGAACUUGAAAGGGCUCGCGUCAGGUAUAACUGCCAUUGUGGUCGCCUCGUUGUCUUUCAUCAGCAACAAACUCUACCAACCACUUUCUGAUAUGAUGGGCAUGUACAUAAAUUAUCUUUACUUCACCAUUUGUUCUGCUUACGGUAUUUACUUUGCUCUCUGUACUCUGCUUGAGACACGAAACAAAACUUUGCAACAAAUCCAAGAAGAACUAUAGAUUACUUAAGUGUUUCUUACAAGUAUAUAUGUAUGAUUUGAGUGAGAGAAAUGGAAACUAAUCUCUCGUCCUCAGACAUAGUCAUGACCGAGUAAAUUCGCCAUCUGCUGUUGUAAUCUCCUACCCGUGGUUUCCCUCAGCAUUCUCUUACCUAAUUAUCAGUUCAAUAUACGCAAGUGCAACCUCUAAACAAUCGUAUCAUAUUUAUUUCGAAAUUAAUUGUGUGUAAAAUAUUUCCACAAUUAUAUGAGAUCUAUUGUAACCAAUGACAAAAUUAUACAAUAUUCUAAUUGCAUUCAUUGCAUAUGGUUUUAGUAAUCGGUUAGUCUAAAACUUCAAUACUAUAUUACCUAUAAUAUAGUUGCUACAGAUACGCUAUGUGGCCCACGUCCGCCUACAGGGUAGUCUAACAGAUAUCGGUUCCCACACAAUAUUGAUCUGUGCCGCCCAACCAGUACCUCAUAUGUAGUGUUACAGACAUCGCCUUUGUAGAUAAUUCAAUUACUAUCCUCUAUAUCGAUAUGACCAAGAAAUUAUCUUGGCAAUUUAAAAUCUUCAAACGAGGUAAAUUUCAGAUUUUAUAAAAUAACACUACGUUUUGUUCAUUGUAUAAACGCAAAUCAGUUUUGUAUCAUAUUAUACCGCUCAUUCAUCAGUUUCAUAACAUACGUUUCUGAUAAUAGAAUUAAGAAUAGGAACGUGUUCUAAUUAUUACCAUAUUGCUAUAUGAAUCCCUUAAAUUGAACAUUUUAAUACCCUUGAAUCCUGCUUCGUUGGUCAAAUCAACUAUAAAUAAAAUACAAUAAAAUUAUUUAGUUAAAACAUGUUGUCAAUGAAUUCCAAAAUAAAUAUAUUGAUAUGUAUGAAAAUGCCUCAGUCUUGUUAGUUUAUCAAAUGGAUUUGUUCAAUCUAGAUAACAUGUUGCAAAUCAACUAAUUUAUUAAAUUAAUGAAAAUCCAUUUAAAAUUAGUCGCAAUAUAAGUAGAAACUUUCGUUUUUGAAAGACCUAUAUGAAUUAAAUCAAUAUUAAACCUAGAGCACACUCUAAUUUUUAACUUGUAUAAGAGGAAUAAUUUCAUUACUAACUUAUACAAGUAACCCGAAAUUGUGAAAUUUACAAUAUAAUAACGAAGGGAUGUUUACAUUUUGAAUUUGCACUGAUCUGCAAGUCAUUUUGAACAAGUUACCACUCAUAGAAAAUCUUUGAGUUAAUCGGACAUCAUUAUUAUUCAAAAUAUUAAAAUGUAUAAAUGGAAACUUUCCAAGAGCAAUUAUAAAUCAUCCACGGUAAGAGUUUCAUACAAUGCAAGGUUUACAUAUUUUCGUUUUUAAUGAAUUUACACUGAUGCAAGUAUAGUUUACAUUACUGAUACCGAGAUGUUGUAUAACGACAAAAUGAUUGAUACAUUUCCAUCCGUAAUACUUUAGAUGAAUAUUCUACUCUUAAAAUAUAAUUUCCAAGCCACAAAAAAGAUAACUACGUUUACUGGGUUGAUUAUAUGAACCAACAGCACAAAUAGUUUGAAAUGUGGAAAACUAUAUCCUUGUUGAAUUUGUAACAAUAUAAAUGAUUAAAUGACUUUCGAUUUCUGUGUCAAA